AUGCAAUUCUUCACUACUUUAUUAGUCACUGUUUACUGUUUAAUCUUACAAGUUUCAGCUGCUCCAGUUGAAAAAAGAUGGCUUUCACCAUCAUCACCAACCUUUUCCUUAAUUGCCAUUCAUAAAGGUUCAAAAUUUUCAUCAAACUUAGUUAAAUUUAAUGGAACUGCAGUUAAAUUAGGUUCUGAUGAUAAAGCUUUCUUUGGUACCAUUGAAGCUGACAAAGGUUAUAUUUUAAACUUACCAUUAACUAACGGUUCAAAUUCAUCAUCACCAAUUGACGUUGUUGUUUCAAACAGUUCUCAUUUAGUUUCAACUACUACCAAAAACGGAUCAGCAAGUGAACAUUUCGGUAUUAAAGAUGGUUGGUUAUCUUUCUUAAACUCAACUCAAUUUUUAGCAUGUCCAGAAAUUGCUAGUUCAAAUAAAACUUCAAACUCAUCAUCAAAUUCAACUGGUGAAUAUGAUUUAUAUUCUAAUCCAUUAAACAAAACUAAAUGUCCUUCUGGAAAAGGUUAUGAUGUUAAAUUAUUAGUUCAAUUAUCAAUUCCAAUUUCUUUCUCACCAGAAGAUAAUUCAUCUGGUUUUUUCAAAAGAAACAACAUCUUUAAAUCAUUAGCUCAAAAAUUAUUUUAA